AGUGCCGGAAGAGGAGAGCUGUCGCUGGGGCCCGGGCUCACGCGGGCGACAGCGGGGCUGGCGGGUGCGCGGCGGGUGCACCCGGCGGGCGAUGGCACCCGGCGCGAGCGCCCCGAGGUAGCGCGGGCGAGGUCGCGGGGCGCCGGCGCGCACACCCGCUUCCCUCCCCAACCUUGGCAUUGGCCUGGCCCGGCCCAGGCAGCUAUGGGGCUCCUGCGGCUGCUGGUCCUGGCGGUGUUGGCGUCGGAGCGCGGGGUGGCUGGUGGAGCCGAGACGGUCGGGAACUCCAGCAGGGGUCUUCUUGAAUUUUCGAUGGGGAAUUUUAGAUACUUCAAGCUCAACAGGCUCUUUCCAGAGGAAGCUAUUUUGCGUCACAUUUCGAGCAAUGUGACUUUUCUUAUUUUCCAAAUACACUCACAGUAUCAGAAUACCACAAUUUCUUUUUCUAAGACUUUCCUUCCCAAUAACUCGGGAACAGGCACUGACAGAGGACUGGUUUUCAUUCUUAGACCAGAGCAGAGCAUGUGCAGUUGGCACUUGGAGACUUUAGAUGCAGAGCCGGUCCAAAAUGUGGCCAUCCCACUCUCCUACUCAGAAAGAGAUCCUAUUCCUGGAGGCUGUAAUCUAGAGUUUGAUUUAGAUAUUGAUCCUAACGUUUACGUGGAGUAUAAUUUUUUUGAAACAACUAUCAAAUUUGCCCCAGCAAACCUAGGCUAUGCAAGAGGUGCAGAUCCGCCGCCAUGUGAUGUGGAGACCGGCCGGGACUCCAGGUGGCGGCUGCAGUAUGAUGUCUAUCAGUAUUUUCUGCCCGAGAAUGACCUCACUGAGGAGGUAUUGCUGAAGCAUCUGCAGAGGAUGGCCGAGGUGCCUCAGGUGAAGGCCAAUGCUAUCCAGGUGGUUACCCUAACAGCUAAUGAUAAGACAAGUAUUUCCUUCUCCUCCCUCUGGGGACAAGGUGUCAUUUAUAAUGUCAUUGUUUGGGACCCAUUUCUAAAUACAUCUGCUGCUUACGUUCCUGCUCACACAUAUGCUUGCAGCUUUAAGGCACUGGAGGGUAAUUGUGCCUCCCUUGGAAGAGUAUCCACCAAGGUGUUCUUCACUCUUUUUGCCCUGCUUGGUCUCUUUAUUUGUUUCUUUGGACACAGAUUCUGGAAAACAGAAUUAUUCUUCAUAGGCUUUAUCUUCAUGGGAUUCUUCUUUUAUAUACUGAUUACAAGACUGACAACUAUUAAGUAUGAUGUUCGUCUGAUUCUAACAGCCGUAGCCGGAAGCAUUGGUGGAAUUUUCUUGGUAGCUGUCUGGUGGCGUUUCGGAAUCCUCCUGUUCUGCAUGCUGUGUGUUGGACUUGUGCUGGGGUUCCUCUUCUCAUCAGUGGCUUUCUUCACUCCACUGGGAAACCUAAAGAUUUUUCAUGAUGAUGGUGUUUUCUGGGUGACCUUCUCUUGCAUAGCUAUCCUCAUUCCAGUAGUUUUCAUGAGCUGCCUGAGAAUACUGAACAUACUGACUUGUGGCAUCCUUGGCUCCUAUUCGGUGGUCCUGGCCAUUGACAGGUACUUCUACACAAGCCUCUCUCACAUCACUUUGAAUGUACUCAGGCGAGCGCUCAACACGGAUUUCCGCAGAGCUUUCACAAAUGUGCCUUUUCAAACUAAUGACUUUAUUAUCCUGGCAGUAUGGGGGAUGCUGGCUGUAAGUGGAAUCACAUUACAGAUUCAAAGAGAAAGAAGACGACCAUUUUUUCCUCCCCACCCGUACAAGUUAUGGAAGCAAGAGAGAGCACGCAGAGUAACGAACAUUCUGGACCCUAGCUACCACAUCCCUCCAUUGAGACAGAGGCUCUAUGGCCGAUUAGCCCAGAUCAAAGAGCUCUUCCAGAAGGAACAGCCAGCUGGAGAGAGAACACCCCUGCUUCUGUAGAUGCCCAGGGGCUUGGUCAGUGGGCCUCAGCUUUGGUGUUAAUGCCCACACUGCUUCAGCAACCUCCGGUGCAAGCCUAAUAAGAGAUCAGGCUUAUAUAUCUGUGCUUUGCACAAUUUUAUGGUGUACUUAUUCACAUAUGGUAAGGGUAUGCUAGGGAAUGAGGAUAUUCUGAGAGAAUGAGAAAGAUGACCAAAAAGUUGGUGGUAGGGAGGCUGUUUCUUAUUUCCAAAUAUGAGAAAUUGCCUUUUGGUUUAUAAAUAUAUGAUCAACUUAUUCCAUUAAGUAGAUAUACUAAAAAAAAAAAAAGAAAGAAAGAAAAAAACACAUUAAAAAACUGAUUCUCCUUCAAAGACCUGGUAUUUCUUUUUAUAACUUCUUGAAAAAUUCUUUCACCCCAGUCUCUCUGAACUUGGGGAGGGAGAUUUAAGUGUUACAUUGAAUCUUUAUUUGCCACUAUAUUUUGACACUAGGACUUUGAACUUCAGAACACAAAAAGAGAAGUAAUUUUUCUUUAGCAGUCUGAUUACUUAGUUGCAUGUCUUAGUAUCCUACAUUAUCAAAAAAGUAACCUUUUU